CGUUCCCGCCCUCACUCCCACUUCCGGCGGCGCGGGGGGCGGACGUGCGGCGGAGGCGGCAGUGGCGGAGCCGACGUGUCGCAGCGGGAACCCAGCGACAUGGAGCUGGAGGCGAUGAGCAGAUACACCAGCCCGGUGAACCCGGCCGUGUUCCCGCACCUCACCGUGGUGCUGCUGGCCAUCGGCAUGUUCUUCACCGCCUGGUUCUUCGUCUACGAGGUGACAUCCACCAAAUACACCCGGGACAUCUACAAGGAGCUGCUGAUCUCGUUGGUGGCCUCGCUCUUCAUGGGCUUCGGAGUCCUGUUCCUGCUGCUCUGGGUCGGGAUCUACGUGUGAACCCCCCGGACGUGGGAUUCGGGGAAGCUCUUUUUAUAUUUCUUUUGUAUUUCAGCAAAAAAACCAACAGGCCCCCUCCUGUGUCAGGUGUGGUGUGUGACACCUGAAUAAAACUGGCUCUGUGACACACCUG